UCUUCCGGUCUUUUGGUUUUCGGCUAGGAGGAGGCAAAGGUGCAACUCUCUUCGGUCGUCCCGAAUCCGGGUUCAUCCGACACCAGCCACCUCCGCCAUGCCGCCCAAGUUCGACCCCAACGAGAUCAAAGUCGUGUACCUGAGGUGCACCGGUGGUGAAGUCGGCGCCACGUCUGCCCUGGCCCCGAAGAUCGGCCCGCUGGGUCUGUCUCCAAAAAAGGUUGGUGAUGACAUUGCCAAGGCGACUGGUGAUUGGAAGGGUCUAAGGAUUACUGUGAAGCUGACCAUUCAGAACAGACAGGCCCAGAUUGAAGUGGUACCUUCUGCCUCUGCCCUGAUUAUCAAAGCCCUCAAGGAACCACCAAGAGACAGAAAGAAGCAGAAAAACAUUAAGCACAGUGGAAAUAUCACUUUCGAUGAGAUCGUCAAUAUUGCCCGACAGAUGCGGCACCGAUCUUUAGCCAGAGAACUCUCUGGAACCAUUAAGGAGAUCCUGGGGACCGCCCAGUCUGUGGGCUGCAAUGUUGAUGGCCGCCACCCUCAUGACAUCAUAGAUGACAUUAACAGUGGUGCUGUGGAAUGCCCAGCUAGUUAACUACAAAAGAAAAUUUCAAUAAAGGAUCAUUUGACAUCUAGUGGA